UUUCAUAUUUAUUUCUGUUUUCCAUUAGAAAAUCCAAUAGGUAGAACAUUUAAAUUGCUGUUAAAAGUAUAUCAGAUUAUAUAUUUAUGAAUUUAAAACUUAUUAAUCUCAAUUCAUACCACAGACUUCAGAUCUGAUCUUUGACUAGCUUGUUAUAGUGUUGAGUAAAUUUUAGCACAGGGCUUAUUGUACUUAUAUGUGUUCAGGUUCUGUACUUUUUAUUUCAACUGUGCCUUCUUUCAUGGCUUGGAUGACUUAUAUUUCCCAUUGGUUUGAUGAAGAUGAUUGGUAUGAAGGACAACAAAGAGCAAAAAUGUCACAUGUGAAACAAGUGGGACUUUUAGCUGCUGGAUGUCAGCCAUGGAACAAGGAUAUAUGUGCUGCUAGUGGGGACAGAUUUGCCUACUGUGCUACCCUUGCUGUUUAUAUUUAUCAGCUGGAUCACCGAUACAAUGAAUUCAAGCUCCAUGCUAUUAUGUCUGAGCAUAAGAAGACAAUCACAGCCAUAUCUUGGUGUCCUCACAACCCUGACGUGUUUGCAAGUGCCAGUGCAGAUAGUUUAGUGAUCAUCUGGAAUGUGAAUGAACAGAAAGUUGUGGCCAAGCUGGACAAUACAAAAGGAAUUCCUGCGUCCCUUGGCUGGUGCUGGAAUGCAGGUGAUGCAGUAGCAUUUGUGUCCCACAGGGGUCCACUGUACAUUUGGACCAUCUCAGGACCUGACAGCGGAGUAACUGUGCAUAGAGAAGCACAUAGUUUCUUGUCAGAUAUCAGUCUGUUUAGAUGGCAUCCAAAGAAAAAAGGAAAGGUGGUAUUUGGGCAUACUGAUGGAAGCCUAUCUAUUUUUCAACCAGGUUCUAAAAACCAGAAACAUGUCUUAAGACCGGAGUCUCUUGAAGGAACAGAUGCCAUGGAUGUUACACUAGAUGAUCUCCAGAGGUCCCCUCUAUCCCUAACUAUUCUGUAAUUCUAUGGAGUUGACAGUGCCUGCUUAUAAAAUUAUUCUUAGGACUUGAAGUUUAAUUCACUGCUGUAAUUUUGUAUAAAUCAGUCCUCAAACCACGUAUCUCUGUGUCUUGUUUUGUUUUUUUAAACCUCAGAUUCUCAGGUUGGUGUGUUACGUGUUUGGAAUGUUUCACGUACAACACCUAUAGAUAAUUUUAAAUUGAAGCAAACUGGUUUCCAUGGCUUGCAUGUGCUAACUUCUCCUCCAAAGAAAAAGUCAUGUUCAUCACAGUAUCCUACUAAAAAUCACCAUAUAUCUUCAACAAGUGAGGCUGUUCCUCCUCCAACUUUAACCCAAAACCAAGCAUUUUCGCUUCCUCCUGGUCAUACCGUCUGUUGCUUCAUGGAUGGUGGAGUGGGGCUUUAUGACAUGGGAGCCAAAAAGUGGGAUUUCCUUAGAGAGUUGGGACAUGUUGAGACCAUCUUUGAUUGCAAAUUCAAACCUGAUAACCCUGAUCUUCUUGCUACAGCUUCAUUUGAUGGCACAAUAAAAGUUUGGGACAUAAAUACUUUAUCAGCGGUUUAUACAUCUCCUGGUAAUGAGGGGGUUAUUUAUUCCAUUUCUUGGGCCCCAGGAAAUCUGAACUGCAUAGCGGGUGGAACAUCCAGAAAUGGUGGCUUUAUCUGGGAUGUUCGAAAAGGCAAAAUGAUAACCAGAUUCAGUGAGCAUGGAAAGAAUGGAAUCUUCUGCAUUGCCUGGAGUCAUAAAGAUUCCAAAAGAAUAGCAACCUGCAGCAGUGAUGGAUUUUGUAUUAUUCGAACCAUUGAUGGCAAUGUUCUUCACAAGUACAAACAUCCAGCUGCAGUGUUUGGCUGUGAUUGGAGUCAAAACAACAAAGAUAUGAUAGCUACUGGUUGUGAGGAUAAAAAUGUUCGUGUGUAUUACUUGGCAACCAGCUCUGAUCAGCCACUGAAAGUUUUUACCGGGCAUACUGCAAAGGUGUUUCAUGUACGGUGGUCUCCUCUCAGAGAAGGAAUCCUCUGCAGUGGCUCUGAUGAUGGUACCGUUCGGAUAUGGGAUUAUACAGAAGAUGCUUGUAUAAAUGUUCUUAGUGGACAUACAGCUCCAGUACGGGGACUGAUGUGGAAUCCUGAAAUCCCUUACCUUCUAAUAUCUGGCAGUUGGGACUAUACAAUUCGAGUCUGGGACACAAGAGAUGGAACAUGUUUGGACACAGUUUAUGAUCAUGGUGCAGAUGUAUAUGGAUUAACGUGUCAUCCUAGUCGUCCAUUUACCAUGGCAUCCUGCUCUCGUGAUUCCACUGUGAGACUCUGGUCAUUGACACCUCUUAUAAGCCCUCUACAAAUAAAUAUCAUAACAGACAGAUGUUGGGAUGAUAUUAUUGGCAAUACAGAUCGCGCUGUGGAGUCUGGAGCUCCUCCUUUGCUGUGUGGUAAAGUUUCCAGGGAUAUUAAACAAGAAUUGGAAAAAUUGUCAGGAAAUCCUCAAGGAAAAAAACUAAGAUGGUUUUCAGAAUUUUUUUCACCUCCAGGAGGCAGCAAAAAUUUAUGGGAUUUGGUUGCUGUAAUAAAAGGACAGGAUGACAGUUUGCUUCCACAAAACUACUGCAAAGGAAUUAUGCAUAUGAAACACCUCAUUAGAUUUAGACUGUCCAAGGCACAAGAACUGACAACAGUAAAGAUGUCUAAGUUUGGAGGUGGUAUUGGUGCACCAAGCAAAGAGGAAAGACUCAAAGAAGCUGCAGAAAUACAUUUAAGAUUAGGACAAAUUCAGCGAUAUUGUGAACUAAUGGUAGAACUUGGAGAGUGGGACAAAGCUCUCUCAGUUGCACCUGGUGUAUCAAUGAAAUAUUGGAGGAAGUUAAUGCAAAGGAGAGCUGAUCAGUUAAUUCAGGAAGAAAAUGAUGAUGUCAUCCCAUACUGUAUAGCUAUUGGAGAUGUGAAGAAACUGGUUUCUUUCUUUACUUCAAGAGGUCAGCUUAAAGAGGCUCUACUUGUUGCACAGGCAGCUUGUGAAGGAAAUAUACAGAUGUUAUCACUCUCCACAACAAGCGGAACUUCAAAUGUUGGUGAGAACAAUACAGAUGAUUAUAAUGAUCUCCUGCAGAAGGUCAGUAAAGAACUGGCAGAUUGGUAUUUCCAGGAUGGACAUGCAGUGCUUGCAGCAUGUUGUCAUCUAGCUGUUGAAAAUAUAGAGCUUGCAAUGGCAAACCUGAUUCGUGGAAAUGAACUGGAGCUGGCAAUCAGUGUGGGUACUGUCUUGGGAGAAAGUGCAGCACAAGCAACACGUUAUGCCCUAGAGUUACUAGCAAGAAAAUGUAUGGCAGUAAUAACAUGCUUCCCAUCACUUGGAUACAGGGAUUUAGCGGUUGAUCUUCUUAUGAUGAUUCCUGAUAAUAAACUACAUUUAGUAAAACUGUGUGCUUUUUAUCCUGGAUGCAUAGCAGAAAUAAAUGACCUGCAUGAAAAGUGUAAUCUUCCUGAUGUGGAAGAAUGCAUGCGACUAGCAGAGACAAUCCAGGCAGACGGGGAUGUAUUUGAAACAAUAAAGUACUAUCUGUUAAGCACAGAACCUGAAAAGGCUCUCCCAGUUGGCAUUCAGUAUGUGAAAGAACAACUUUGUGGCUCAGACUGGACUUUAGAUUCAGUCUUUCCGUAUCUUGAUCUUCUAAGUUACAUACGGACUGAACAGUUAAUGUUGCCUAAGUGUAGUGAAUUUCGGAAUGAGUUGCUGAUUUUGUGUGGUUAUGUUGGUGCUUUACUUGCCAUCAGAAGACAGUAUAAUAGCAUUGUACCUGCACUGUAUGAGUACACAAGUCAGCUUUUAAAAAGACGGGAAGUAUCUGUACCUUUGAAAAUUGAACAGCUUUCUGAGGAAUUAGAUGCAUGGAGAGCUUGCACACAAUCAAAUAGGCCUGCAGAUGAGUUGCCGUGCACCCCGCCCUCUGAAUCACAGAGAGCACUGUAUUCAGUACUCAUAUCACGAAUUCAGGAGGAGCCUCUGAAAGGAAUGGUUGGGCCAGACUGUGUCACUGGCUCAAAUCUUCCCAGUCAUUCAGAUGUUCAUACCUCUUGUUUGACUGGGCUAAAGAUCCAGGGUCCUGUGUUCUUCCUUGAAGAUGGAAAAUCUGCUAUUUCACUAAACGAUGCUUUGAUGUGGGCCAAAGCAAAUCCUUUUUCACCAUUAGGAACAGGAAUACGACUUAACCCAUUUUGAUGAGGUGUUUCCUCUGUACUUUAUAGUGCUUAAAAUAACACUCUGGGGGUUAAUGCUGAUUUAACCUUGAUAGUCAAAGGACAGAAAGGUGGUAGUUGAUUCCUCCUGAAGGUCAGUUACUUGAACUUUGAAAAUUAUAGGAUGAGAACAAAAGGAUUUCUAUACAAAUGUUUGUUGAGGAUCCAAAGAAAAAAGUUAUUUGAUAAUCCAAAGAAAAAGUCCUAAUUUCAUAUAUAGCCAUGCCAUUUUUUUAGUAAGAAUAUUGUCGUCAGACAAUUAUUUUUGUCAACUCUGUGUAAAUAGGUGCUUAGUAAAGUAAGCAACUAUCUACACAUUACCAAAAUACUGAUAACAAACUGUGAAACCCAUAAACACUCUUCCAAAUAUGACUUUAUUGACAGGAACUGCAACCUGUUUUUAGAAUAACUGAAAUAUUUUGGCUAUUUCACACUGUCCCCCUUUUUAAUUUAAAUUAUUUUUUAUGUGUAGGGUUCUAUAGCAAAAGUGAAGUUUAAAGAGUAGAUGCUUUGUUUCAUCCACUUGUUAUUAUGCUUUAAUAGCAGUGCAAAUAGAAGGUCACUUUUGUUUUGUUUAGAUUACCUAUUUAUUAUCUAUUUAUUUAGAUUAUCUAGAUUAAAAAAUUCUAUUUUCUAAUAGGAUCAUAUUUGGCAACAUUCCCUGUUAUGCUUUCACUGGAGGCUAAAACGCUUUAUAAACUUUUUUUUUUAAAACAAAUGCUUUGUAAGGAACAAACAGCAUAUUUAUUGAAGUUAUUUAACUAUGCUAUGUACAUUUAAAAUGCUUGUUUUCUUUUUAAAUUUUGUAUUAGUUAUAAACAUGCAUAUGGUAUGACAGACCAGAAAUAAAUACUUGUGCAUAUAUAUAUUUUUAUUUACUAAAUCUGUGCUCAAAUGGGAAAACAGUUAUGGCAAUAGAAUACUAAAAGUAUUUAAAGGUGUGUAUAGUAUGGAAUUUAAUUAUAAGUAAUGUAUUAUUAUUAUUAAUUAUUCUUAUAAUCAGAAUUGCUCACCUGUAGAAAAGAUGCCUUGGUUACAAUACUCUUUAUUAGCUUAACUGAUGGCACAUAAGCAGAAAUCUGCUUUAUCUGUUCCUACAUUUUUUGCUGCUGCUUUAAAACAAAUUUUUAAAUUUAUUUAAAUUCCUGAUAGUUACAUGGAAUGUAAAGAGGUUGCAAUUAAAAAUUGGCAGAAUUAUUUCUAUAGCAACUGUUGUAAAACUGUAAAUAGUAUCAGGUCUCUAUUUAGCAGAUCCUAUCAAACAAUCUUCAAUACAGAGGUAAGCUUUGCCCUGAUUUAACUACAGAAACAACAAUGCCACCAUGCUGGAAAGGAGAUUACAAAUAAAAGAAAAUCCUGAGUUGUUUUCUUCCCUCCCUCUUUAAAAUGGCAAAAUUUAACUCUGGCAAUGUUCUAGAGUAUUAUUACAGGGUUUCUCAUAUAAGAAUAUAUUGGGUGGACGGAAUACAGCUGUUUUGUACCCUAAAAGUCCCAUAUUUGAAUGUACUUGGGUGCUGGAACCGAAUCUUUUAUUUCCUGCAAGUAUUCUUUGAAAAUGGUUUUCCUUUGUUUGUUCCAUGGAGCUUGCAGAAGAAUUCAGUCUCAGAAGUUAAAAUUCAUAGUUUUUGAAAGAAUUUUCCAGCAGUCAGUAUCCGAUCUUGCUUCUGUCAAAUGAAAGACUACCUGUCUUUUAAUACAUAAACCGUACAACCUGGUAUGUAAAAGUUGUUGAUACAGAGGUGGAGAGCAAAGGUAAGAACUGAACACACAGCCCCAUGACUGAUGAUUGGGAUCUGAAGCAUUGACUCAACUACCAUUCUACUAUAUUUAAAAUCUUUUGUUGUAUCACAAGUAUUUUUACUAAUAUUUCACAGUUAAAAUAUCUUAAAUAUGUAGUGUAACUACAUCAAUGUGUUGCACACAAAUUGUGCCUUAACAUGCAAUCUUGGGCAAAUCUACUCCCUCUAAAUUACAGAGUAAGGGUUAAGAAUUCUUUCCUUACUAAAGUAAUAAAAAUUAAGUCAAAGGGUGUUUUUUUAUAUUGGGGAUCCAUCAGGUAACAGUCAUUGUGAAUAACAUGAGGUUGCAGUUUCCUUAAAGUUGUUUGUACAGUGGUGAGUGAGGGGAAUAUGCAGAAAAGGUUGUAAUUGUGUCUGCUGUUACAGCUGUGGUUGCAACUGUCAACUAGUUCAUCUUUUCAAAAAUAAUUUCAGAUUGUUUGCUAAUAUGUAGCUUCAUUGUCUAGUACAGCAAGUCAAAUACAGGUAUCUCCCCCUUAAUAUUAAAGAAUACUUUCUCUUCAAAAGACUGUUUGACUCCUCUGUAAAAGUCAUAUUUCCAUUUAAAUGAAAAAACAUAUGAAGCUACACAGCUACUGCUUUCCAAUUACUAUUGAAUCUCAAUUAUGUUCAACAUCCCUGCGAAACCAAAUCCACUGUUCUCUGGAAAUAAUCUGUCCAACAGUGCUGACAAGUUUAUAAGCUUCAGAGACAGCUUCACUGGCAGCUGCAGUCUGAGAUAGGAGAUUUGGCACUUUAAACCCACGUUGUGGACUGGAAUGAUGCCCUGUUUGUUCCACCCUGUGUGGGGCUCCUCCCAGG